AUUCCCUGUUCUUUUCAGUUACAAAUAAGCGAGAUUUAACGUGUAGGUUUAUCAACUUUGUUGUUGCGGAGUAAGCGGACCAGCAGCUGACGGCGACAGUUUGACAGAUCGAAAGUAUUGUUAUUCAGCCAAGUCAUGGCAACAUACCAAGAAUUCAUCCAGCAAAAUGAGGAUCGAGAUGGGGUACGAUUCAGCUGGAAUGUAUGGCCAUCGAGUAGACUGGAGGCUACAAGGAUGGUAGUUCCUCUCGGAGCUUUAUUCACACCACUCAAAGAGAGAUCAGAUCUACCAUCGAUUCAGUAUGAUCCAGUUUUGUGUACAAGACCUUCAUGCAGAGCUAUUCUGAAUCCUUUUUGCCAAAUUGACUACAGAGCUAAGUUGUGGACUUGUAACUUCUGUUACCAAAGAAACCAGUUUCCACAGCAGUAUUCCUCAAUAUCAGAAGCGCACCAGCCUGCCGAGAUUAUCCCUCAAUUCUCAACAAUUGAGUAUACAAUUACAAGAGCAACUUGUCACCCUCCCAUAUAUCUGAUAGUUCUGGACACAUGCAUGGAAGAAGAAGACCUUCAAGCCUUGAAGGAGUCCCUGCAGAUGUCGUUAAGUUUACUUCCUCCAAAUGCAUUGAUUGGUUUGAUAACUUUUGGCAAGAUGGUACAGGUUCAUGAGUUAGGCAGUGAGGGUGUCUCCAAGAGUUACGUCUUCAGAGGAACCAAGGACCUCAACGCCAAGCAGAUACAAGAGAUGUUGGGAAUUGGACGGGGAGGACAUCCACAACAAACGCGACAACAAAAUCCACAACAAGCACAGCAGCUACCAAUGAACAGAUUUUUACAGCCAGUACACAAAUGUGACAUGAAUCUCACUGAUCUACUGGGAGAGCUUCAACGUGAUCCUUGGCCUGUAGCUCAGGGCAAGCGUCCUCUCCGAUCCACUGGAGUUGCCCUGUCCAUUGCUGUUGGAUUAUUGGAGUGCACAUUCCCUAACACUGGAUCAAGGAUCAUGUUGUUUGUCGGUGGACCGUGUACACAGGGCCCCGGUAUGGUUGUUGGAGAUGAGCUGAAACAUCCAAUCCGUUCUCACCAUGACAUUGAAAAAGACAAUUGCAAAUACAUGAAGAAAGCUAUGAAGUUCUACGAGUCACUGUCUAACCGAACAGCUGCAAACGGCCAUGUUAUUGAUGUGUUCAGCUGUUGUCUGGAUCAAACUGGCCUGUAUGAAAUGAAAUUCUGCCCAAAACAUACAGGUGGUCACAUGGUAAUGGGUGAUUCUUUCAACACAUCACUGUUUAAACAGACUUUCCAGAGAGUUUUCUCCAAAGAUAGCAAAGGAGAAUUCAAGAUGGGAUUUGGAGCUACUCUGGAAAUCAAGACGUCAAGAGAAGUGAAGGUGUCUGGGGCCAUUGGUUCGUGUGUUUCUCUUGGGAUGAAAGGUCAAUCGGUAUCUGACACCGAGAUUGGACUUGGUGGAACUUGUCAGUGGAAACUGUGUGGCGUAUAUCCCAACAGCACAGUGGGAAUCUUUUUUGAAGUUGUCAAUCAGCAUAAUGCACCUAUCCCACAAGGUGGUCGAGGGUAUAUCCAGUUUAUAACACAGUAUCAACAUUCUAGUGGCCAGAGACGAGUCAGAUGUUCCACAGUUGCAAGAAACUGGGCAGAUGCCAGCACAAACAUACAGCACAUAUCGGCUGGAUUUGACCAGGAGGCUGCAGCAGUGCUGAUGGCCAGAAUAGCGGUGUACAGAGCCGAAACGGAUGACGGGCCUGAUGUUUUACGCUGGCUUGAUCGGAUGCUUAUCAGGCUGUGUCAGAAGUUUGGUGAUUACCACAAAGAAGAUCCCAAUUCUUUCAGAUUUUCCGAGAACUUUUCCUUGUACCCACAGUUUAUGUUUCAUCUUCGACGAUCACAGUUCUUGCAAGUUUUCAACAAUAGUCCUGAUGAAACUUCAUAUUACAGACAUAUGCUGAAUGUUGAAGACCUUACCCAGUCACUAAUCAUGAUACAGCCAAUUCUGUAUGCAUACUCCUUUCAUGGACCACCUGAGCCGGUUCUUCUUGACACGAGUAGCAUCCAGGCAGACAGGAUUCUGUUGAUGGACACAUUCUUCCAGAUUGUCAUCUAUCACGGCGAGACAAUAAACCAGUGGAAGAAACAGGGCUAUGAUGACCUUCCUGAGUACGCAAACUUCAAGCAGUUGCUGCAGGCUCCUGUUGAUGAUGCUCAAGAGAUUCUGCAAACCCGUUUCCCUAUGCCACGUUACAUUGUUACAGAGGCAGAAGGAUCACAGGCACGAUUUUUGCUAUGGAAGGUUAACCCAUCACAGACACACAACAACAUGUAUGGAUGGGGUCAGAUUAUCAGUACAGGAGGCCCAGAGGAUGCUGGUUCCCCAGUUUUGACAGACGAUGUCAGUCUUCAGGUGUUCAUGGAUCAUCUGAAAAAACUUGCAGUGUCCAGUUCAUCAUGAUUAGUAACGACAUUGAUGUAAAAAAGAAAAAAGAAAAAAAAAGACAGUUCAGAAUGGAACACACAAAUUACAAUUUAACAAGGACAAUUCUAGGAGGAAAUAGAAGAAUGUGAGGAAUCAAAGAUACAUUUAUUCCAUUCAGUUGACUUCAGAGAGUAAUUUAACACUAAAACAAAGAUAUUAUUACUGGUUUCAUAUUAAUAUCGGUAACAAGUAGAAAAUGAUAUCCACAAAACUGUGUCCCGAUGUUUUAAUCACGGUGCCCAAGAAAUUUGUUGCGUAUCGACUAUUUGCUUUCUGCAUGUGUUGUGUAAUUUUAUCAUUUUAGGACCUACCUAUGAAUGUAAUGCUUCGCUUAUAAAAAAAAUUACACACAACAUAUAAAAUAUCCUAUUUCUUGGUGUAAAUAAAUUUUAUUUAUAGUUC